GUCGUGAGAGUGAACAGAAACAAAGUGAAGUGCAAUCUGACAGAAUGGGGAAGCGCCUGUGCAUUUCUCUGUACUCGGUCCUGUUUUCACUCAGGAGACUGGGCCGGCUGCAAGAUGCCACACACAACAGAAAAUAUUCCCAAACUCUCCCAGCAGCCUGCCCCGUUUCUGCUUGCAGUAAAACAGGGGGAAGAGAGGGAGAGGGCAACUUGGCGGCUGAGAAGGCCUCAGUGCAAACCAUGAGACUGCCCUUCUACCACGGGAAAAUCAACAAGUCACAGACCGAGGAGCUAUUAGCAUCGUCAGGCAAAAACGGCAGCUACUUGAUCCGAGACAGCGAGACUGUGCCUGGGAGCUAUUGCCUGUGUGUGUUGAAUCAAACGUUUGUUCAUACUUAUCGGAUUUUUGAAAAUUCUGGAAAUUGGCAUGUUCAGACAUCGGAAGGAAUUCCGCCUCAGUUUUUCAGCAACAUUGAUAAACUUAUUCUAACUUACACAAAACCUGACCAAGGUACGGUUGUACCAUUACUGCAUCCAGUGGAACAUAAUGCAGACAAAAUAGGAAGCCACAAUGGAGUUGCACAGAGGUGAGCGUCCAAUUUCUACGACUCCAAGAAUAUUUAUGUAUUGGCCCUGCAAAGAACAUCAAGCCCUCUACAGUGUACUGCAACUGAAGUUGUUUCCAACUACUUGUUAAUGUACUCACAGUCAAACUGGGCAAGUAAACAGUAGGAGAAAAGUUUUGAUAAAAUUGUGAAUGCAUCAAAAGUGCACAUGGCUUUGCUCCACUAUGGAUGGAAGAUCAAUGCUCAUCUCUUGGUCUCACUGACAGUUCCAUAUAUCAAUGGCUUUUCCCCCUUAGAGGUUCUCUCUGUCUCCACAGAUGCUGUCAGACCUGCUGAGUUUCUCCAGCAUUCCAUGAGUUUGUUCCUGCUCACUUGUCCAUCCUGCACUUGAGUAAUGUCAGGUGAAACCUUUUCUAAUUGUGGGCUGGGUUGCAACAUGGGCUACAACAGCACCAUCAUCCAUAUUGCUUUUAAGGCCAAAACCCAUUCCAUCCCUUAAUAUUUCGAUAUAUGUGCAUAUGAUUCAAAAUUGAAUUAGAUAUGCAUUGGAUGCAAAAGGGCUUGCAGGGUUAUAGAGGAAAGGCAAGGCAGUGGCAUUGCUGGAUUGCUCCUGCAGAGAGACAGCAUGGACUUGACGGGUCAAAUGGUCUCAUUCCAUACAGAAGUCAUUCAAUUAUUUAAUUACUCAUUCUCCCGCCAUGGUCCUGUCAUGUGUCUUGAAUAUUCUGCACUCCAAAACAUUGAGCUUUUUCUUGCAUAACUGAUCAAACAAUGAAAACUCUUUUAAUGAACUGGUGAUAGUUUAUGUUGAAGAUACUCCCUGCCACAAAUAAGGUGAAGCACUCCGUUAUGACAGUGUGCUUUUUUCCCCUUUCAAAUGAGUCAUUCAGAAUUUUUUGAGUCAUCGUGAGAUUAUCAACUCACUUCUUCAAGGUUGUAAAUAAGGGCACUGUGAACAUGAAACUGAAUGAUGAGCGAGAUCUGGAUAUAGUAAGCGGCUUUGGAAUUGUAGCAGUUUUCUGGUGUAGGAUGUCUUGUGUCAGAAACCAAUUGUUGAGAAAUGGCUAUUUUCCAUUGGCUUACACUGUUAGCCAGGACCUGCAUUAAAAGAUAGUGAAAUAAAGCAUUUAAUAAUGGUACUUCUCUCCCUACCCCAUGCUGCCUUUCCAAGAAAGAUAUGAUACAUUGGAGACUGACACAUCCCCGGCUGGUCCCACACUUGGUUCAUUUUUCAUUAUUAUUGUAAACAUAAUAUUGGCUGCCAAACAAUCCCAAACUGUGUUCCUCUCUGAACAGCUGGCAGAGUAUAAAGCCGGUAUGGCUGUAUCCUCCAAUUUCUUUCCUUCCUUUUCCACAGGGAAGCACUAUAAAAGCUGGGAAUAAGUAGCAGGAAUGUUUGAAAUGUUUCAAAACCAGUUCUGACUGAAAACCAACAACCAAGUCAUUAAUCUAUGUUUCCACGUCGCAAUUUUGCUUUUCCAGCUUUGCCCGUAUUUCAAGCAGACUUGUGAUUGAGAUGGUAGCUGCCCAUUGAAUUUUAAUUGCAUUCUGGCUCUAAUGCACCCAAUCAGAGCAGAGUUUGUGGCAUUCCUUUUUGUUCCUGGUCAGUGAUGUCACACAGCCAAGCAUAACAUUGGCACAGCCUUCAGAAGGCUUAAGCCACGAAGUGACCUUCAAAGACCAUUUGGAGGCCAAAAGACACUACUGGAAGUCACACCUACAACACUGGAGUGUAAAUAUUUUCUGCUUCAGGCCUAAGAAAUGAUUCAGAGCUUCAUUUGUAUGACUUUAUACUGCUGUAAUAAAACAACACAAAAUGACUUUUCAUCCAAUUACUGCCUGCUGUGGGCAAAGGUGAUUCACUGCAACUUAAAGGAAGAAAGCACUUUGAUGAGGUGAUGAAGGAUUUCCUGUCAGCCAUUUGCUUUAACACUUGCAUUCAUGUGAUUCUCAAAUGUAAAUAAACGCUUUGUCAAAUCGUGCACACUUUGAUGUGAAGGAUGCUGGUAGGCAGGAAUGAAAGAUAUUUCUACUUAUACUACUCAAACCAAAUCUGU